UAAGUAAAUAAUGUCAGUUGCGUGGCAUUUCCUGUCUUGUGGUUGACCAGCGUGAGCACUCGUGAAAACUUCAAAAGGUCAUUUGUGGUUGGACAAACAAGACAGAGGGAAAGAGAGCAAUACGUGCAUACAAUAUUGUUUUACGUCUGUCACUGACUGAGAGUAGAUCUCCAUCUCCAGCUUUCCUAAAAUCUUGAUGGAUUCUAAUCGACUACCGAUUGGCCCACAUGGAAGAAAUGCGCCCUAAAAAACUGUCUGCCCAAUCUUUUGCUUUUGUUCCAAUUCUUAAUUCUUUUCAAGUCAAUGUUGAAAGGGUUAACAGCUUACCCCAGAAUUCAACUCCCUCAAUGUCAGUCAACCUUAUUUUUCCCGUUAUCUGUAUCAUCUUGCAGCUUCCAGAGAGCACCAAUUGCCUGACGUGUUCCGAUGACGGUACAUACCUCACCCUGGGUCACUCAGGAGGCUUCUCUGUGUGGUCUGUGGGUAGUCUGAGAUGUGAGGCCGAGUGGUUGCAGGACAGGCUGGAGAUUACUUCCAUUCACAUGACCCGCACCAGUGAAACUGCCUAUUUGCUGGGCACGAUUGAUGAUAUGGGUGUUGCUAGAAUCUUUGUGUAUAACUUAGAAGGCAUUUAUCCUUUCAGUGUUAUUAACAUGCUGGACGAUAUUAACAAGAGGAGCGUUUGCUUUUACUUUGAGCUAUCUAAAGGAGGUGAACAUGGAGCUAUAAUAAUGAAGUGCAACAGCGAAAUUUGGCUUGAAAUCUAUUACUUUCCCAUACAGGACUGGCUGAGAGAGCUAAAGGAUCCCAAAAUUUCUGCAAACAUGAAAUGGUCUGCUGCUGUUCGUGUGAAUAGAGUUAAUCCAUCAACAGCAAUCACGACAGAGGUCCCCACCAUAUUGUCUCACUUCUUAGUUUUGGAUGAAACAAGCGAGCCACCCAGACAUUGCACUCCACACUUUCUUCUGUGCUGUGGCCACUCCUAUGGAAAAAAUAAAGCAAAGCCGGGAUCCCCGCUUGCCGUCUGUUUUUGGUGGAACGGAAGUUACAAUCUUCUCUACCUGCUGCUGUCCAAAACACCAAAAGCCAAACAAGAUCCAGAACCUCCACCGUUGGUGCUGUGGGCCAACGCUGCUGAAAUUGUCUGCUCCGCCGUCAGUAUGUGCACUCGUUUCAUUGCGCUCGGCCUGAGCAACGAUCUGCUGUGUGUUUGGGACAGGCUGUCUGGCUCUCCGUUGUCUAUCUCUGGAGUAUCAACAGACAGUUCCUUCCUCAGGCUGCACUUUGUGGAUUACUGGCCUGCGUACGCCGACAAUACUCCGACUUUAAUCGCAGGUGAAAUCCACCUUGUGACGCUUUGCGAGAGCGGCGCCGUUCACGUCGUAAGCAUGGGCCGGGGAACAGCAACCAGCAUUGUGCAGCUCUCUCCAAGGCCAAAAGACAGCGGUGACCUCCCGACUGUUGCUGCAUCAGUCCCCUUCCUGCAGGGCUUGUCACUGGUGGUGCGUCGAAAUGGAAAAAUGUUCCUACAAGAUGUCGUCAACAGAGCCACGGUGUCCGUCUUGAGUUUGCCCGCUAGUCAUCUGCUGGCUACCCCCUGCAAUCCCAUUUAUGCUCUGAAUGUCAAGCACCGCAUUCUCUUCAUACGAGCUGACCAGGAGCCCACUCCUGGCACUUCUUCCCUGGACGAUCCAAGUCAGAGUCGACUUCUCAUAAUGCGUUUUGAUGAGCAUGACGCCAUAAAGCCAUAUGUUGUUUCACAUCCCGAAUCUCCAUGGCAACAAAAAACAAGCUUAGUUACUGGAGAGGAAGCCUGCAACCUGUAUCUCCAACAAAGAGCUCUGUCAAUGGAUGAGAGGCAUAAAGCUAUAACGCAGACUUGGAAGCGACUGCGGUGUGCCACUACCAUGUAAAAGCAUUAAAGACUGCAAAACAUUUAGAUUUUACCCAGAGGUAACAUACAGUGACAUACAUACAUACAGUGGCAACUAGUUGUAUGGAUUUAAUUUGUUCUGUGACCAAGCUUGUAACUCAAAUCAAUUUUCCCCACUGAAAUGAAUUGAAAUGCCAUUAAUCCAUCAAUUUAUCCAACUUUUUUUCUUUUUUUUUUUUACAAAGAAACAGCACUAUAUUGUAAAAUAUAAAUAUGAAAAUAAUAAAAUUAAAUGUAAAGAAAUAUACUUGUUUUAUAAAGUGUAACUAAACCAAAAGUCUCAAGACACACCCAAACACACACACACCAUGUUGUAUUUGUUUGUUGACAUGUACCCUUAAUACGUGUGGCUUCCU